AUGCGAGAAUACAUUUUUGACCCUGAAGUGCGGCCAUCGGUGGACCGUCAAGGUUGAACUUGUCCGUGAAAACUGAAAACCCUCCCUCGAUAAAGCUCUCUAAUUUCUUUGUGGCGCUCCUUUUCUCCGUCUUCUCACGUUUUGGGGCAGAAACCGAGCCAACCUUUUCUUUCACUCUGAAACUAAGAUCCCUCAGUUGCCUGCUGCAACUUAGAGAAAAAGAUUUUCCCAGCUGAAAACCUUUAGUGGCAACAACAAGGGCGAAGAAGGGCUUGUGCUUGGCGAGGGAUGAUUUACUGCAAUUCCUUUUGAUUUUUCUGCAAUGUCUGGGUUAAUUAAUCAAUCUCUCAACGGGUCCACUUCAAAUAUUCCUGACUCUACAGGCCGAUCUUUUGCAACAUCUUUUUCUGCUCAGUCUGCUGCAGCAUCUCCUGUUUAUCAUCACACUGGUACCAUACAAGGGCUGCAUAGCAUUCAUGGGAGUUUCAAUGUUCCCAACAUGCCAGGAUCACUUACAUCAAGGAAUUCAACAAUGAAUGGUGUUCCUGCAAGUGGUGUCCAGCAACCCACAGGAAGCCUUUCUAGUGGAAGAUUUGCAUCAAACAAUCUUCCUGUUGCUCUUUCUCAGAUAUCUCAUGGGCAUUCAGGAGUCACAAAUAGAGGAGGUAUAAGUGUUGUUGGAAGCCCUGUAUUUAGUAGUAGCAUGAAUGGCGUUGGUGCUUCUAUUCCUGGGAUUCCCCCAACAUCUUCUGCAAUUGGUAACCGGAGUGCUGUUCCAGGGUUGGGAGUAUCUCCAAUUUUGGGAAAUGCGGGUCCUCGGAUUACAAGCUCAAUGGGAAACAUUGUUGGUGGGGGCAACAUCGGAAGGAGCAUAAGUUCUGGUGGGGGUUUGUCUGUGCCUGGUCUUGCUUCACGCCUAAACUUAACUGCUAAUAGUGGGUCUGGAAGUCUGGGUGUGCAAGGGCCCAACAGAUUAAUGAGUGGCGUACUUCAACCAGCAUCACCGCAGGUGAUUUCUAUGCUAGGUAAUUCUUAUCCUGGUGCUGGAGGUCCAUUGUCUCAAAGCCAAGUUCAAGGAGGGAAUAGUUUAAGUUCAAUGGGAAUGUUAAAUGAUGUAAACUCUAAUGAAAAUUCUCCUUUUGAUAUAAAUGAUUUCCCUCAGUUGACUGGACGGCCAAAUUCUGCUGGAGGGCCACAAGGGCAAUUGGGUUCACUCCGAAAGCAAAACAUUGGUGUUAGUCCUAUCGUCCAACAAAGCCAAGAAUUUAGCAUCCAAAAUGAAGAUUUUCCGGCUUUACCUGGAUUUAAAGGUGGUAGUGCAGACUAUACCAUGGAUUUGCACCAAAAAGAACAACUUCAUGACAAUGCUAUGUCUGUGAUGCAAUCGCAGCACUUUUCAAUGGGGAGGUCUGCUGGAUUCACUCUAGGGGGAACAUAUUCAUCUCAUCGUCCACAACAACAGCAACAUGCAACAUCAGUUAGUAACAAUGGGGUCUCUUUUGCCCCGGGAAACAAUCAGGAUCUGCUCCAUUUACAUGGGUCUGAUUUGUUCCCAUCUUCUCAUGCAACUUAUCACUCACAGGUACAGACCGGUGGACCACCCAGCAUUGGAUUGAGACCUCUAAAUUCUCCAAAUUCAGUCUCUGGUAUAGGAUCUUAUGACCAGCUUAUUCAGCAGUACCACCAGCACCAAAACCAAUCCCAAUUUCGCUUGCAACAGAUGUCUGCUGUGGCUCAGCCAUAUAGGGAUCAGGGCAUGAAGGCCAUGCAAGCUGCCCAGGCCAUCCCUGAUCGAUUUGGCUUGCUUGGCUUGUUAAGUGUAAUAAGGAUGAGUGAUCCUGAUCUGACAUCCCUUGCUCUUGGUAUUGAUCUGACAACUCUUGGACUAAGUUUAAACUCAACAGAUAACCUGCACAAAACAUUUGGCUCCCCAUGGUCUGAUGAGCCUGUAAAGGGAGAACCAGAGUACAGUUUACCAGAAUGUUACUUUGUCAAAGACCUUCCUGUGCUACAUCAAGGCUACUUUUCAAAGUUCCAGUUGGAGACAUUGUUCUAUAUCUUCUAUAGCAUGCCGAAAGACGAGGCCCAGUUGUAUGCUGCUAAUGAGCUGCAUAAUAGAGGAUGGUUCUAUCACAGAGAACAUCGUUUGUGGUUCAUAAGGGUUGCGAACAUGGAGCCACUGGUCAAGACAGGCACAUAUGAGAGGGGAUCGUACCUUUGCUUUGAUCCGAACAUGUGGGAAACAGUACGCAAGGAUAACUUUGUUCUACAUUAUGACAUGGUGGAGAAGAGACCGGCACCACCUCAACGUUAAGAAAGCAUUUUUUUAUGUAAAGUUUCAGCCCAUGGGGCUCAUAUUCCCAUGUAAAUUAACUCAGUUAUUGUUUCAUUUGGCAGUUGUAGCCAAUUGUUGCAUCUUUCCUGUUAUUCGGGCUGUAAUUUGCCUGUGUAGUUGUCUUACUUCCCAUCCUCAAUGUGCACCCUGCAUAGAUUCAAAGCCUUCAAUGUUGGUUUA